AGCUUAAGGAACAAUAUGACAACAUCUCUUGGUGGCUUUGAAGUUCAAUAUUCUGGUUUUCAUUGCCCAGAAGGAUUCCGUGGUCUACGUCCACAUCCCAGCAAUGAUCGGAAGUAUCUGAGAUGUGGCAUUGGCGUGCAACCCAUUGUGGAGGAUUGCCAAUCGGGAGAGAUAUUCAAUACCCGUACAACUAGCUGUGUCUACGUUGGAGUCAAUCCACUUCGGGAUCACAUCUCUUUUGUUCCAAAGAACGAUCUCCUCUGCCCCGUUGGUGUCGAGGGUCUGUUUGCGCAUCCCUUCGAUCAGACCAAGUUUCUUAGCUGUAGGAACAAUAAGAUGGCCAUCCAGAACUGUAUUCGAAACUACGUUUUUAGCAUAUCGAAGGGUUCCUGUCAGCCCAAAGCUGAGCUAGUCCCCAGCGACUAUGUAGGCUUUACCGUAUCGGAAAUUAGCCACGAGAAUUCUUUGGUACUUACCCUCUGUCCGGCGGGUAUCAAUGGACUUCACCUUUAUCCCUUUGAUGGCAGAAAUUAUGUGCACUGUGCUGUCGAUGGAUCGUUGUCCAUUCACAGUUGUGAUCAGGACAUGGCAUACAGCUUUACUCAACGCUCUUGUCGUCCUCUUGGACAACUGACUAGAAGUGAACAUGUCAAGUUCUUGUCGGAUAGCUAUAUAAAUAGCCAGUCCAUCCAAUCUUCGCUCACAGUCUGUCCACAAAGUUUGCAGGGCAAUUUCGCUUAUCCAUUCCAUGCUGGUUACUUUGUGUCCUGCGAGAAUGGAAGAAUGCAGCUGAAGACCUGUCCACCUGGCACUUUUUACAGUCUCUCCAGGCACACUUGUUCGACAGGACUACAGCUUGACUUGCAUGAGUUCUUGGAUUAUUCCUACACAAGUGUUCAAUUGUCAAACAACUUUAUGCAGGAACUUAUGACUGUAACCUGCCCGCCAAAUGCUCAGGGCUACUUUCUGCAUCCCUUCGACUGUACCAAGUAUUUGAAUUGCCGCGAUCAGCAGACCUCGAUCGAGAGCUGUGAACUGGGUAAAGUCUUUAGCAUCUCCCAGCGACACUGUGUGGCCAGAGAUCAGUUGGAGAGCGCCUAUGAUCGUGUGGAGUAUCUAACGGAGACGCAACACGAGUUCUCUCAGAAUAAUCGAGGAUCUUAUGGCAUGUUACCCAAUCCCCCAACCCCCACGAUGGUUGAAUUAGGCGUAAUGUGUCCCGCCAAUGUUUAUGGUCUUUACGCUCAUCCCUUUGAUGCCAGCAGCUAUUUCUAUUGCAUACCGGAUAAGUCGGAGAUUAAGAAGUGUCCAUCCGGCGAUUUCUUCAGUAUUUCCCGGGGCUAUUGCAUGUUAGCAGAGCUUGUACCGGAUACUGAUCGCGUGUCCAGGUUCUCUAGCCAGGAACCCUUGUCAUUCGCAACAUGCCCCUUGGAUGCUGUGGGGAAUUACGUCUAUCCCUUCGAUUGUACAAAGUAUGUGAGCUGCCAGGCGGGUGAGAGGCGUCUCCACAGCUGUCCCCAAGGAUACCACUUCAGUCUAACGCUACGUAGCUGCCAACCGGAGCAGCAGGUGCAACGUUCCAAUCGCGUUUAUCUAAGCAGCGAGCUAAAGGUCUUCUAUGACUGGUGGCAGCAACUCCAUGAAGGAUCACACGUUAUCUUCUGUCCCGUUGGCUUCUCGGGCACUUACCAGCAUCCAACCUUGUCCCAUAAGUUCAUCAGCUGUUCCCCCGAGAGGUCGCAAGCGGAGAUUCUUGAGUGUGCCAACGAUAUGGUUUUUAGCAUCUCCCAACGGAUCUGUGUGCCUCAGAUGGGGUUGAUCGAUCCGAUUGUGGAGCCAAGUUCGGGCUCGUAUGGCUGGAUAGAUCUGCGUCACGAUCAUCGCGAGCCAAAGGCUUACGAUCAAUAUGCCAGCGGAUCCGGCAUUAAAACGACGAGCACUAACGCUGGCGAUCGCUGGAGCAACAUGAACAUGCAACGUCCCGCUGGCAUUGGUUUCAACCAGCAACAGCAGCCACAUCCUAGUGGCUGGUCCGGCCAGGGCAGCUCCUACAACCAUCAGGCGCCCACACAGAGCGUGCUCUAUGUGGAGGGAUCUCUGCAGCCGAAGAGUAAUUAUCCCCAGUCUCCUGCCACAAACACAAUCUAUAAAGCACCACUGGCUCCAAUUGCAUCGACCACGGGCAAUGUCUACUAUGCCCAGCCCGUGGAUGAGCCUCAGACUUGGUCACGUCGAGACUUUAGUCGCAGAAUCGAUGACAAUGCGCCGUCAAAUGACUGGCGUCCAUUGCCUUCCACACAUCACCCCUCUGCCCUACCCGGACAAACCCCUUUGGAUCUUAGCUACGAGCCCCCCUUGCCGUCUAAUCAUAGACCUAGCUACCCUGAACAGUUUCCUUCUCGGACAAAUGACAUACAACCGCCUACUCCUUCAACUCCUGUUUCCUCUUUGCCGGGUCAGCGACGUUUAGACCUUGAUUAUUAUCCCUCCAUGCCGGCUAAUCAUAGGCCAACUUAUGAUCAAGAUUAUCCACAGCCUACCGCUGCAACCCCUGCUUCCCCCCUACCCGGACAGCAGCCCUUAAACCUUGAUUAUGAUCCCUCUGUCCCAGCUAAUCAUAGACCGACCUACCGUGAACAGCUUCAGCCUCAGCCGCAUGCAAAUGGAGCGCAACCAUUUGGUGGCUUACUCCCUUCCCUGCCAGGACAGCGUGCUCUAGACCUUGACUACAAUCCCCAAGCAACAACUGUUGAUCAACGGGAUCAGCUGCCCAGCGAGACAGCGCAGCAGCCCAGCUUUAGACCUCCAGUUCCAGAUCAACCCUUUGAUGAAUCCAAUCUCUAUGGUGGCCUGCAGCCGCCCACACCUCCGCCUGCCUCUGAGGCUACGACCAACCCUACGACUACUUCAACGCAAUCCAAUCUGCGUACUUUUCCCAUAUAUCCAACCUUGAGUAACUCCCCGCUUGGUCAGCAGCCGAGUAAUCCCCAUUAUAGUCGCCCCUAUUCUGGUGUUGCGCACUCGCGUAAUGCCUCCUGGCAUAAGGUGCCAGCUCGUGCACCCGAUCCGUUCAAUGUCCAGGAGGAAUACGAUGAGCAGGCGUUCGACGAUGUGGACUCGGAGCAAUCGCCGACCACAAACACUGAUAAAAGUGGUCUAAGGCCACCGCCAUUUAAGCAUGAGUUUUACAAUCCAACGCUGAGUACUAAGCCCCAAGAGGAAGCCCAAGAGGAAGCCCAAGAGGAAGUCCCCUCCAAGGUAGCUCUCGGGGAGGCACUGCGUCUUAUGUUGCGUCCCUACUUCAAUCAUAGCGGCAAUGCGCCGGAAGAUUUAACACAACGUGCCGAAUCCGCCAUAGCUUCGGUUAUCAGUAAGCCUCCCACAAUGACCACGACCACGACAACGACAACGACAACGACUACCCCUCGUCCCACCACCCGUACAACGCCUCGAAGUCGAAACGGACACUCUCUGCACUCUCCCGACGAUGAUGUGGAGCUGAUUGUGGCGGGCGAACAGGCAAGCUUGGACGAUACUGACGAUGACUCUGUUGUUCCAGAUGCGGGUGAAACGGCGCGAACUGAGCAGACACAAAAUCCCACGACGUACGCUUCCGGCUAUGACACGACUGACUUUCAGAGAGGCACCCGUAGAGUGGAUGUCGAAACCAGCACCGAUCUAAAUUCAAAUUCCAAUCCGAAUCCACACAAUUGGCAUACGCAGGGUCACAGUCGUGAGUUCCAUCUGCGUCAUCCGAAUAUGCCCGAUCCGUUCGAUAAGCCGCAACAUCAUCACAAUCCCCAUCAUCCUUACCACCAACACCAACACCAGCACCAGCAUCACCAUCAUUUCCACCACAACCACGAACACCAACACAGUCGUCGCUAUCAUAGCCUGCAUCCCAAUCUGCCCAAUCCUUUCGAGGAGGCACCUAAGCAAGAGCCGGCAGAGGAAGAGGAGCAGGAGCAGGAACAGGAGCCGGAAGAAGAAUUCUUUCCGAAUCCAAAUGCCGAAGCUACCACACCACAUGGACUAGAGAUUCAAUUUCGCAGCAACUUUGAUGAACCCUGUGAGUUCGAUUGCGGAUCUGGCAAAUGUGUGAAACGAUCGCAGGUCUGUGAUGGCGUCAACAACUGUGGCAAUCGCAAGGAUGAACAGCAAUGUGACCAUUUGGGCUACGAACUGCGCUUGACAGGCGGCGAAAGUCCUCAUAUGGGUCGAGUUGAGGUCAAAGUCAAAGGCCAAUGGGGCUACGUUUGCGAUGACAACUUUGGACUCCGAGAUGCUGAUGUUGUCUGCCACGAGCUGGGAUUCAAGAUGGGUGCUGCGCAGGUGCGUGGCAAUUCCUUCUAUGAACCCACCGAACGUAACUUCAACUAUGCCAUGGAUGGCGUUAAUUGUCGCGGAAAUGAGACGCAACUAAAAGACUGCGACUUCAAGGGUUGGGGUGUUCACAACUGUGGUGUCGAUGAGGUGGUUGGUGUUGUCUGCAAGGUUCCACUGCUGAAGUGCCCCAGCGACUUGUGGUUGUGCCACACCUCCAAGGAGUGCAUACCGCCUGCUUUUGUCUGUGAUAAUACCGCAGAUUGUGGGGAUAGAUCGGAUGAGAGUGAUGCCGUUUGUAAGGCACCCGUCGAAUAUCGUUUGGAGGGAGGACGCAGCCCGAAUGAGGGACGAUUGGAGGUGAAGUACCAUGGCGUCUGGGGCAGCGUUUGCGAUGAUGAUUUUAAUAUGAAGGCGGCGCAGGUUGCCUGCAAUUCCUUGGGUUACUAUGGAACACCGAGAAUAGAGGCAAAUAUCUUUGGACCCGGCAAGGGACCCAUCUGGCUGGAUCAAGUAAUGUGUGCUGGCAAUGAGACGAGCAUUGAUAAGUGCAAUCACUGGAAUUGGGGUGAGCACAACUGCAACCACACCGAGGAUGUGAGUCUGCACUGCACCGUGGGACCACGUCCGAGACAACAGAGAUUGAGCACCCUGUUGCAACCGACGAGCACGGAUAAUUCUGGCACUGGAAAUGGCGUUAGUCUCUCCGAUAUUGGACUGUGGGAGAGAUCGAGUAAGGCUCUGCGCACUCCCAGACGUUGUGGCAUCUUCAAGGAUGACCUGAUCGAUGAGUUUGCGCAUCCCGAGCAGCGUGUGGUCAAGGGCAGUGUGGCACGACGUGGUCGCCAUCCCUGGCAGGCAACCAUACGCACACGUGGACGUGGUGGAAUCUCCAGUCAUUGGUGUGGAGCUGUCGUCAUCUCCAAGCGCCAUCUAUUGACCGCUGCCCAUUGUCUCUACGGUCAUUCGAAGGGCGCCUAUUUUGUGAGAGUGGGAGAUCAUUAUGCCAACAUUGCUGAGAACUCCGAGGUGGAUUCGUUCAUUGAUACCUGGUACACGCACGAUAAGUUCCGCCAGCCCACUCACAUGAACAAUGACAUCGCCGUGGUGGUGCUAAAGACGCCACUCAAGUUCAGUGAUUAUGUGCAGCCGAUCUGUUUGCCGGAACAUGGUGCACCUCUGGUUGAGAACCGCACGUGCACCAUCUCCGGCUGGGGAUCCAUCAAAUCAGGCGUAUCAACUCCAGCGCAGGAAUUGAGAGCAGCAGAAUUGCCCAUUUUGCCAGAUGCCACCUGCAAGCAGUUAAAUGUCUAUGGAGAUGCCAUGACUGAGGGCAUGUUCUGUGCCGGCUCCAUGGAUGAGAGCGUGGAUGCCUGCGAGGGCGAUUCUGGCGGUCCGCUUGUCUGCUCCGAUGAGUACGGUGAGACACUGUACGGCAUCAUAUCGUGGGGACAACACUGCGGUUAUCAAAAUCGGCCUGGCGUCUAUGUUCGUGUCUGUCACUAUAUCGAUUGGAUCUACGAGAAGAUCAAUCAAAGCUUGCAGCGCUUUUAAAAGGCCCACUUUCUUCCCCUUUUAAGCUUAUUGAUUUAAGUUUUCACUCAGCAAUUUUCAAAAAUAAAAUGUAGCACCUAAAAGUAGACAAUAAAAAAUGUUAUGCGAAUUUUCGUGAUUUUUAGCACAGAUCAAAAGCUAAA